AUCACUUUUCUCACACUUCAAUGUUGUCCUGAUACACAACAUACGGACAGGCCCAGUUGUUGUUUUUUCGCAUCAGGAGUGGUAGCCUACCUAAAGAAGAUGGCGCGUUGAAGAAUGUCUGCUUCGGGGCUUAGUGUAAGGUGUUUGGCUAGCACAAGGAUUCCGAGAUGCGAUGCGCGAGAGAAGGGACAAGAUGAGGCCAGGGAUGAAGAUCGGGAUCGUGCUGAGUCAAACGAGGUGGGCGAGGCGGAGACGGUGAUGGCUAGCAGCGAUGAUGUACCACAGCAGUCCAUGGAAGACGAACCGGAAGACAAGAACAACAAUCACCCUUCGGAUAGUCAAUCCUCUUCGAGAUCAUCGAUUUCAUCUUCCAACUCGGAAUCGGAACCAGAAUAUGGCAGCGAGUCUGUCAGUUCAGAUCACGAAUCCGAUACCAAACCGUACACGAGCUGCAUACAAGAAGCCCAGCUUUCACCGGAUGGUAGCUGCGUCUUCACAUCGGACUACAGCCGUCAAUUCUCCGUGUAUCCCAUCUCCAACGAGAUUUUGAAUCAGACCGACCCUCAGCCUCUCACCCCUUACGCAUCUCUACGCUCUGCCAAUCCGAUUUGGGCUUUUGCGGUUAAUCCGCUCUUUAAUCUACAAGAUGCCAGCAGCACGACUGUACUGAUCAGUCGACGGGAUACCUACAUCAGUCUGCACAACGCAUUAUGGCCUACCUCGCAGAAACACAGCGAAGAUACUCAGAACCGAGGACCAGUAGAUAUAUCCACCCCUCUAGCAUCCUACAAACUCAUCAACAACCUAACUGAAGCGGUCAUCGCACCUCUCAGCCUCGCCUACUCCACCACCGCCACGCAUUUUUUUGCGGGCUCGAAAGACGAAAUCGCCAUCUUCGACCUCCUCGAAACCGAUAAACCAAUCCACACAAUCCGCACCAUCCCCGCCAAACGCAACAAGCUCAAAGGCGGAGGCCGCGGCUUCAAGGGCGAUAUUUCCGCCCUGUCCCUCUCGCCACCCACUCCCACAUCCCACGAUGGCCUCCUAGCAGCCGGCUCCCGCACCCGUUAUAUUGGCAUCUACGACCCCAUCGGCGGCAGCGAAGUGACACAUUUUUCGCUUCCAGGAACAAUAAACGGCAUCAAAUUCCGCAACGAAACCCUCCAAAACGUCAUGGGCGAUGGCGUCACGUCACUCAAAUGGAGUCCCUGCGGGAAAUACCUCUACGUCGCUGAACGCAGCUCAGACGUCUUGCUCAUCUAUGACGUCCGCAAUUUCUCGCUCACGCUGGGUUACUGUGCUGGUAGGCAAGCGCUCACUCGUCAGAAAUUGGGCUUCGAUGUUUGGAAUGCAGGACAGAGUCCGUAUGAUGUAGAGGGGAUUUCGCAUGAGGUUUGGGCAGGUGGGAUGGAUGGGAAAGUAAGGGUUUGGAGGGACCCGUACAGGAGGGAGGGGGCUGUACAGGCUGAUGAGGUGGUGGAAGUGGGUGAUGGGAAGGCGCCUGUUGUGGGAAGUCUUGUUCAUGCUUCGGGCAGUUUGGCGGUUGCGGCUUGUGGGAGGGUUGGGUUAGGAAGUGAGAUGGAAGAGGGGGCGAGGAUGGGUGGGGGUGUGAGGCCCGUGGUGAGGGAGUGGGGGAGUUUGGAUAUUUUGGGUCUGGGCUGAGAUGUUGUUCCCAGGGGUGCUGCGACGUUGGAGGCGUGUGAGCCACAAAAGUCCAUUGGCUAAAAGACAUGUUUUUCAAACGUCCGCGGAGCUUCAGCGGCAGAUCUGAAGCACAAAGACGCGCCACUGGUCAACAUGCACGUCCUUACUGGUAUUCUAGUAUACAUGGCGUGUUCGCAGACUACGCCACACGAUUACAUGACGAAAGUUGCAUCGCUCCUCGCUUCUUAUUCAGAAGUCCAACGCCACUCUAUUCGAGCCCCGAUUGCCUUUGUUACUCUUUCGCAAGCUGUGCUCGUCUCCAAGGGCGUCGAUAACGGU